UGCGCGGCCCCCAUGUACAGCUCCAUCGUCAGCCUGGCCCUGGCCGACCUGCUCUACCUCUCCACCAUCCCCUUCAUCGUCUGCACCUACCUGGCCCAGGACUGGUACUUCGGGGACCUGGGCUGCCGCAUCCUGCUCAGCCUGGACCUGCUCACCAUGCACGCCAGCAUCUUCACCCUCACCCUGAUGUGCACCGAGCGCUACCUGGCUGUCACCCGGCCCCUCGACACCCUGAAGCGCUCGCGUGGCUACCGGAAGGUCACAGCGGGGGCCGUCUGGUCGGUGUCGUUGCUCCUGACUCUGCCCAUGAUGCUGAUGGUCACGCUGACCGAGGGGGACAAGGCAGAGGGCAAGGUGAAGAGGAUAUGUGCGCCCACCUGGAGCCUGGACGCCUACCGGACAUACCUGACCGUGCUCUUCAGCACCAGCAUCAUGGCCCCGGGGAUCAUCAUCGGCUUCCUCUACACACGCCUGGCCAGGACCUACCUGGAGUCCCAGAGGAACCCCCCCCACAAGGAGAAGAGCAAGAGGUCCCCCCGGCAGAAGGUCCUCAUCAUGAUUUUCAGCAUCGUGCUGGUCUUCUGGGCCUGCUUCCUGCCCUUCUGGAUCUGGCAGCUGGUGCGGCUCUACAGCAGCCCCCUGCAGAUUACCACCCAAACCCAAAAGUGCAUUAACUACCUGGUGACCUGCCUGACCUACAGCAACAGCUGCAUCAACCCCUUCCUCUACACCCUGCUCACCAAGAACUACCGGGAAUACCUGCGCAACCGGCACCGCAACUUCUACAGGUUCACCUCCUCCUUCCGCAAGAGGGGCUCCAACCUGCAGUGCUCCUGGGGACGCUCCAUGUCCUCCAGCAACCAGUUUGACUACAGCUCAGAGGCCCUGGGCAUGUCCACGCUGAAGGACAAGUGAGGAAGAGAAGGUGCUCUGGAGACACCAGGACCAGCAGAGCAUCUGGCCAAGGGCUUCUCUCAUUCCGUUUGACCUCGUGUGCCAUCCUUGGAGGAAUUACACCAAGACUGGAUCCCCAAUGCCAUGGUCUGGGUUGCAGGUGAAGGAGAUGGUGAUGGCGAAGCGGGUGCCCCAGUGCACCUUCUCCACCCGAUGAAGGUUCUCUGACCCAGAGGUGAAAAAGGAAACCCGGCCUGCAAAGACAAAGGAUUCCAUCAGUGCCAUGGAGUCUGCUAUCAGCUCUCCACUCAGUUUUGCUCUUGUCUCAGUCCAGCUGUUCCCUAGCUACCUGACAAUCCCCAGGUCACUACACAGACAA